AAGGACCAGCACUUCUGUGCCACUGCAGCCCUGUCUUAUUACAGAGAUGGGUGCCAAGACAGGAAAAAGAUAUUUCUGAAAAAAUAUUUACCAAGCAUCUCUCAUUCUUUCCAGCUGCUUGCUUAACCAAAUAAAUCAGGAGCAUUUUAAGGAAGAAAAUCCAGAAAGUUCUAACCAACUAAAAUCAAUGGAGGGGAACACGACAGUUUACCAGCCGUUUGGGUUUUUCAUUAUGGGCUUUCAGGGCCUGAAGGACACUAAUUAUUAUUUCAUGUUCUUGGGCGUCCUUUACAUCGGAACGCUUCUAGGGAACUUUUUCCUGAUGAUGGUGAUAUGGCAGUCUGAGGCUCUUCACACGCCAAAGUACAUGGUCGUGUUCAGCCUUUCCGUCAUAGAUGUGAGCCACAGUACUGCCCUCGUGCCAAAAUGCAUCGAUCAGUUCCUCUUCAACUCACAAUUUGUGUCGUACAACCUGUGCCUGACCCAGAUGUUCUUCAUCCACUCCUUCUACACCAUAGAGUCGUAUUCUUUGGUUAUCCUGGCUUUUGAGAGGCUGGUCUCCAUCUGUUUUCCCCUGCGGAGCAGCACCAUCAUCACCAACACCCGAAUGAGGAAGUUGUCUGCGAAGGGCUGCCACCCGUAGCGGCGCCCAGGGAGCUGGGGGUUAAGGGCCUUGCUCAAGGACCCACAGGCUGAGGCUGGGUUUGAACCUACGACCUUCUGAUUACAGGCACAGCCCACUGAGCCACACGCUGCCCCCUAUGUAUGUCUUGUAAUUGCCGGUUAUCCCACCCUGAAUGCCCACAGGUGCUGUACCUGUGUCUAACCCUUUCUAUGUACGGUCUGAAGUCAGACCUGGUAGGUUGAGCAUUUGUUGUGUGGUUCUGUUCGUUGGAGGUCUCCGUUCCCUCAGCUGCAUGUAUGUACCUUGUGUGUCCUCAAUAAACCCCCCUAGGACUCUGCAUACGCAUCCCGCCAUACCUGCACCCACGCCUGGACGUGAUGUCACUACAUCUGUACAUGUGCUUCGC